GCCUAUAAAUAUCAUCAUUGAAUACUUAAGUUUCGUGCCUUACAUCAAACAUUAUUGAAUAGUAUUAAGAAUAUGUUGUCAAACAUUGCAACAAUGAUAGCUAUCUCUGCAAUUUUUAUGAUUUUCUUCUUGUGUUCGCCAUCAGUGGCUAUAUUAAUCAGCAGGUUACCACUACCGUCACCGGUGACAGGCCCUGAGUCCGUAGCAUUCGACCGGAACGGUGGAGGGCCAUAUGUUGGUGUUUCUGAUGGAAGAAUUCUCAAAUAUGCUGGUCCAGGCGAGGGUUUCAAGGAAUAUGCUUUCACUUCACCAAACAGGAACAAGACAAUCUGUGAUGGGCUUGCUGAUUUCUCAGAACUCCAAGCAACAUGUGGGAGGCCAUUAGGAUUACGUUUCAACCAUCAAACAAACGAACUAUACGUAGCGGAUGCUUAUUCUGGGCUUAUCAAGAUUGGACCCAAUGGAGGGGCUCCAACCCAAUGCUUUAAAGAUAUACAACCACAACAAGAGAAUGUGAACACUACUCUUCAGUUUCUCGAUGGCUUGGAUGUAGACGUCAACACUGGAAUCGUUUAUUUCACCCAAGCUAGUGCUAACUACGGUUUCAAGGAUGCUCAGGCACUACAAAGCAGUAGAGACCAAUCUGGGAGCCUAUUCUCACUGGAUCCCAAAACGAACCAAACAAGAGUGUUGAUGAGGGGUCUUGCAUUGGCAUCUGGGGUGGCAGUAAGCAGAGACGGGUCAUUUGUGCUUGUUAGUGAAUACUUGGCAAACAGAAUUCAGAGAUUUUGGCUAAGAGGGCCAAGAGCAAAUUCUUCUGAACUAUUCUUGCAACUCACUGGUAGACCAGACAACAUUAGGAGCAACCAGAGAGGUCAAUUUUGGGUGGCAGUGAAUGGUGUUUUAGGACCAAAUCCACCUCCUAGGCCCACUAUUUUACCUGCUGGAGUCAGAAUUAGUGAGAACGGUAUCAUUUUACGGAUUGUUUCUCUUGUCCAGGAGUUUGGUAGUGAGGCAGUGAGUGAGAUUCAUGAGCAUAACGGGACACUCUACUCUGGCUCCUUGCAAGCUUCCUAUGUUCCCAUUUCUGCUAUGAUCUAGUUUUUCUACAUAUGCUGCCUUUGUAUGUGAGGGGAACUUCAAAAUUAUUAAUGAAUAAAGAAUCUAUUGAUCCAUAUA